AUGAGACAGGGGGACUACAUGCAGCAAAGGGCUUGGUGCAGAAUAAAAACUUGGGCCACUCCACUAGUUUUGGACGUAAAGGUGAAAAUGAAGAAUCAGAUGAGGCCGUUCGUGCUUCUUUCUCUGGUUGCCUUGCUGGUCAGGGCUCAGACACCUACUGAACCCAACUAUGAAGAUUUCCUCUUCAACCUCAAAUUUCCUCUGGACAACUACCGUCCACUUCUGAAUCAAGUCCAAGUUGAAACUUUGCCCCCUGAGGAGGUCGACCAGUCUGCACUGUCAGUCAGGAGUCUGACAUUUCCUGCACAAGAGACGGAGUGUAGCUCCACACAGGAACAAGGCAGCCCAUGCCCUCUGAAGGAAAAUGGGGAACUGAUGCUGUGCAACAUAAAAGUUACCUACCCAGUGCAAGAGCCCAGAGACAUCAGAGCCUUUGAAAUCAGAUGUGACAUGGCCACAGAGGAAGCCUUGCUGGUAAACACAGUACCACCUGUUGAAAUAAUGCCUCACGCUGGAGGGGCCAGGACAAGAAGAAGCACGUCUCACCAGUUUGGGCCACAUGCAUGUCUAAUUUGUGGAGUCUUAGGUCCAACAGUGUGUCAACAAUGGAGAUGUCCUAAAAAACCAAAAGUUAACAUAGGAGGUGGAUCCUUAAUCGGUGGAGCUAAGAACAUUGGAAAUGAUGGAAAACCUAAUAAUCAGCAUUUCUAGUUUCAUUCCUGUGAACAUUUCUACACAUUUGCUCCAAACAUUCAAGUUAAAUUUCAUCUUUGUGUUUUGAGG